AUGGAUCCAUCCACCAAUUCGCCCAUGAAUGGUGCUCAACAUGCAAAUAACCCAUCCUAUACAUUCCUAGAUGGAUUAGGUCAAUACUCCGAUAAUAAUGCAUUGUCCGGUGGUGAUGACUUCUCUUCAUUUUUCGACCCGGCUCUAUUUGAGAGUACCACAAUAGGCCCUGGCUUCUCCCAACAGUCUCAAUCUAUACCUCAGAAUUCAUUCAAUCAAAAUGUUCAAAGGCAGUCGAAUAGCCCAGGGCUCUCCCAACCUCAAUACAGCCAACCUCAGCCCUCGUUCCCUCACUCACAGUACUCGCAACCACUCUACAACCCUCCACCACUUGGGCAACCCAACUACGAUCCUCGAUUCUUCUCAAGACCAUCAGCCUCUCCUGUCAAUUUCGAUGCCUACAGCUACCAGCCUUCAAUGAAUUAUCCCAAUCAAACAUUCAGCCCCCAGCAGAUGCACAUCCCCCCGAGGCAGACUUCCACUCCAACCAACUAUCCCUCACAACAACAACAGCAGCAGCAGCAGCAGCCCUCUCCUUACGUCAGCCUUGGACAGCGCCCAUCACAACUUCCCCCAGCUCAGGGCCCAGACAUGAUGCAUUAUGCCAAUUUUCAGGAUCAAACCCAAGUGUCCUCUAACUCAUUUGUUGAUCCAGCUCUAUUAUCUGCCAAUCGCAUGAUAAGCUCAUCCAAUGGACCUGCCGAUUUCUCGGGUCAACAGCAGUUUCUCCCGGCAUAUUUUUCAAAAGGCGCCACAGGCUUCGAUCCACGAUCUAUGCAAGGCACUCAUAGCUUACAACAAAUGCCACCCUCCACACUGCCACAAGCCUCAAACAUAGGAUCAGCACCCUUGACAAAUUCAGCAUUUGUCACAAACCCCAUGUUGUUAAAAGAUCCACAUGUACCAAAGAAGACGAAAGUGGCCAAGAAAGGCCUUUCCACCGCGCCCAAAUCUGACAGCCUGGUCUCCGACGAUUCCAGCGCUGAUGAGCUAUCUAUUGAAGACGAAGAGCCAGAAAUGACACCUGCUGUAUUGACGGUGUCUGCCCCAACCGAUGAACGAGGCAAGGCUAUUUAUGAUGCUGUAAGCGCUGUAUGGUCCCCCAGAAAUAAAUCUGCACCUGCGGAAACAAUCCGCAGUGGUAUCGCUGGCUUCGGUGACACCAUUCGAAGCUUAAGAGAUGCAUGGAAGCUCAAGAACGAUAACCUACGCAAGGCCGAAUUGCCCAACUCUCCAACAGCAGCAGAAGCAAAUAAAUUAAAAGAGGAAGCUGCACGCUAUCGAUCUUCCAUGGAAGUUGUCAUGUCCCGGUCACUCACAUUCGGGCAUCCAGCUGUAGUCAAACGGUAUGUCCAUCCUCCAAUCCUGACUUCCUUCUAUGAAACCAAGAAAACCUAUCACACACUUGAGUCACCCUCCUCCAUAGACAUCAUACGUCCCAUCCAGCAUCUAUACCAUUCGCAGCAAUGUCCUAUCGGUGGCAUCCAGAAUGAGGUGACGCCACCAGGUAACGACGUUCUUGUGCAUUGCUAUAAUGAGCACACCCUUAGUUGCAUGUCCAUAGAUCUUGUACAACAUCCCGCUGUGAGCGAUAAAGAACUGAAGCUUGUCCUCUUGCGCGAGAUCCCGAAUUCGCUUGCCAUCAUUCAAUUAAAGCCCUUUACUGAUAAUUCUACAUAG